GCACAAGAUUUUUAUAUAUUUCAUACAUCACACAGCUCUGUGAUGUCGCACAAGCCCCCUUGAGCCAGGCGAUGUCACAUAAGACACUUCAUUCGCUCUAAUGACACAAGCGUUUCCAUUCGCAACAAAUGCAUCUGAAUGCCACAGCCGAUUUUCGGCAGAGUGUCCGUGUCCCUGAAAAUAUUCAUCUGGAGUGGUAGGGUGCCUUGUUGUAAUAUAAAUGGAUCUCUUACCAUACGGAAUUCGGAGUCAGCUUGAGUGCAUUUCACGUGCGGUGCUGCUGUCACAGCCAGGUGACAUCACCAAAUUUUUAGAAGCGCAUCUGACCCAAAUGGUACAAUUUGGAGGGCCUGAUCAACCGGAUAUCAAAGAGGUUGCCUUUCGAUAUCAAGAGCAGUGGGAGAGUGACUUCUUGAUGACCAUCAGCAGACAAAGAGAAAUUGCAGAGUUGGGAGUCAGAUUGUCUACAUCCUCUCUGUCCAUUUCCAGAUCGUUAACUCUGUUUGGGGCUGACAAACUCUCAGCGCCGGUGUCACUUCCAUAUGAAGAGAUCCCUCUAUCUGGUACUGUGGAAAUAUGUGGACCAUCGCAGAGAAAGAAGUCACAACAGGGUGUUACAAUCAGGACCCCAAGUCAAAAGGAGGGAAAGGCAGCUAAAAAGUCUCCAGCACCCGUUGUCAUACAGCUGCCAGCAAAACCUUCUUCCCAGGGGACAAAAGCAAAAGUAGUGUGUAGCGAAUACUCGAAAGAGGAAAGGAAAGUACUGCAGACCUUCAAACAUCCCCAGCUAACAAUCUCACCCAACUCCCCACAGAAAGCCUCUCCACAAAAGAAGCCCAAGGUGAAAAAGACACCCAAAACAAACAGUGACAAUUUCACCUGCUCACUGGAAGACUGUUUGUAUCAUAAAUCCAAAGAUCAGUCUGAUCAGGACAAGAAAUUAGAGCCAGCCAGAACCGCUCCAGCUCCAACAGCCCAUAAGUAUCGGGGUGUUAAGAAACCCGAGGUAGGCCCUGGAUCUGAGAUAAGAGUCCCAUAUAGACCCAAAGGAGGGAUGAUUUUUGAUCCAGAACUCUUGCCACUGAGUCCUAAGGUAUAGUCUGCGACUAUGAUGUGUAGAAUGUUUUUUCAUUUAAAUUUACCUCCCGGUUGCUUAUUCUGAUCAAAUAAAGUGAGAGUGAGAAUAAA